UAUAAUCUCCAUGCAGCGGUUUCCAUCGCUGCACUACUCUGGGAAACUGACACGUGCCGCCGUUCAACUCAUAUCGAUGGCUAUGCCCCUAGCUGCUCCCGUUAUCAAUAGCUGCUGACGUGCUCUUUGUCGUUGGCUCAGGCUGUUUGCUCAAAAGCAGCUAAUCAGCUUCCAACGAACGCUGAGAUUUGUUAGUGUGCGGUAGAAGCAUCAAGUCUCGCCAUGGAUCUCCCGAGGGAAUACAGAAGGCUGGUUUGCGUCAAGAUAACUCCCCACUUCAGAGAAGCCGUGUCCGUCGUCACGGAACGGACUCCUAAACUGGAACGCGAUGAAGUCUUCCUGAAAACCAAGUACGUCGGUAUCAACGCUUCGGACGUGAACAACACCGCGGCAAGGUACUGGGCAGCAACACCGCCUUUUAACGUCGGCGUCGAGUCCGUGGCCGAAGUGGUUGCAGUCGGCGAUGACGUCACACACCUCAGCGUCGGCAGUGCAGUGGCAACAAUCAACUUCCCUGGUUUUGGAGCUUUCUCGGAGUACCAAUGUGUUCCAGCGUCAAAAGUUCUUCCGAUUCCGCGAGCAGUGCCCGACAGCAUACCUCUUCUAAUAAGUGGACUGACUGCUGCAAUCGGCUUGGACGAGCAAGGCAGAAUAAAAGAGGGCGAAACGGUCUUGAUCACCGCCGCCGCAGGCGGGCUAGGUCACAUCGCCGUGCAGUGGGCCAAAGCAGCAAAAUGCCACGUCAUCGGCACAUGCUCUUCUCCAGACAAGGAGGAGUUCCUAAAAAGCAUCGGUUGUGACAAAGUCAUCAAUUACAAGACUCACGACCUAGGGGCGGAGCUGGAUAAAAGCUACCCGAAGGGGGUAGACGUCGUCUGGGAAACCAUCGGAGGCAAGACGUUCGAAGUUCUCUUGAAUCAUUUGAGCAUCAGGGGAAGACUAGUAGUAGUAGGCGCCAUUACGGGAUACCUGAACAGUGACAAUGGUUUCCCUGAUGUGGACCUCCCAGAUCUGCCCUCCAGGCUUCUGAUUCGGUCAGCCAGUGUGAGCGGAUUUUUUAUGACGCAAUACUAUCAUUUGUACCCGGAGUAUAUGGCGAGGCUCAAUAAUAUGUUGCAGGAUGGCAAGAUUGUUCCGAAGGUGGACUUUGGGAUCAACAAUGACGGUGGCGAGUUAAAGGGGCUUGAAGGCUGUGUUCGAGGCGUCGAGUAUCUUCACUCCGGGAAAAGUAUCGGCAAGGUAGUUGUGAAGCUCGAUUAACUUGUGCAGUUUUAUUACUACGUCACACCGGACAGUCUCUCUGUUCCGAGGUUUUCUUAGCUCGACACUGAGUAUGCGUACUUCUCUGGGGUGAUAAAUUAUAUUUUCAGUUGAAAAAAAUGUCGGGUAAUCAUCAAAACGACGAACUCAUGACGUGUUCAGUUUUGUGCAUGGUGAUGGACAUCAAGCGUCAGCGUUAUAUUGUGUUUCAGUAGGUGUUUUAUUUUGUCUUAAUAUCGAGAACAACGAACUUUCUUUGCAGCGAAGCGCAUGCUGUUUGGUUUAUAUGCGUAAACAACAGAAGUUAUUAUGAAAGUAAACUAAGGGCAUAACUGGUUUUUUCACAAUCCUUAAA